AUGGAAUACAAUGUGCAGAAAGUGCUUCGUUCAUUGCCCAAAUCGUGGCUUGCUAAGUCUACCACAAUUGAAGAAGCAAAAGACCUAUAUAAGGUCACUCUUGAUGAACUCAUUAGGUCUCUUAUGACUUAUAAGAUCAAGAACGAGAAUUCUACAGCUGAAGUAAAGAAGCCAAAAAAGACAACGGAUAUGGCUUUAAAGACAGCAAGCAAAGAGGUAACUAUGGAAGAAGAAGAGAGUGACAAUGAUGAAGAAAUAGCUCUCGUCAUUGGGAAAGUUAGAAGAUGCUUAUUGAACAAAAAGGGCGGUAAGCAAAAGGAUAAAGGAAAGGGCAACAAUCAACAAGAGGAUAAGAACAAGUAUAAGGCCAUGAAUGCAACUGAGUGGGAUGAACUUGAUGUACUCUCUACCGACAUAGAAGACGAAGAAGAAAUUGUAAAUUUUUGCUCCAUGGAAGAUGAGCUAGAUGAGGUUUUCCUGAAGACCUCUUUGAUAAAGAACAAGUGGAUCCUUGAUAGUGGGUGUUCAAGGCACAUGAUGGGAGAUGCUAGCAAAUUCAUUUCUCUUUCUUGCAAGAAAGAAGGGCUCGUGACAUUCGGAGACAACGCCAAGAGAAGAAUCAUUGGUAAAGGUAAAAUAGGUAAUUCAUCUCUUUCUAUUGAUAAUGUUACACUUGUGGAUACACUUAAGCAUAACUUGUUAAGUAUUAGUCAACUAGCCUUUGUGUCCCAAAUAGAGCUUAAGAACUUUAAGGAGGCUGAAAAUGACAAGAAUUGA